GGCAGGAGCCUGAGCUCUGGUUCUGCCCCAGAGUAGCCUGUCCUAGAGGAGGCUGCCCACACAGAGGGGCUGUGCAAGUUUUCUGCUCAGGAUAUACAGAUGUUUGGCUCGUGAAAAAUGGCAGCUCUCAGUGUGAGGGUCAAGUGGAGAUGAAGACCUCUGGAGGCUGGAGAACACUCUGUGCCUCCAACUGGAAUAUGGCCAAUGCCAAUGUAGUUUGCGGUCAGCUGGGCUGUGGAGUCGCCAUCUUCACCCCAAAAGGAGCAUACUUUGUGGAAGGAGAAGAUGAGAUCUGGAGAGACCAAUUCCACUGCUCAGGGUCUGAGUCCUUCCUGUGGAAUUGUCCUGUGACUGCCCUGGGUGUUCCUGCCUGUGCCCAUGGAAACACAGCUUCUGUGGUCUGCUCAGGUCCUGUCAAGAGGUUUUAAGAGGUGUAGUUGUAAGUAAGCAUUAUUAUUUAUUGCAAUUCAUAAACAACACUGUAUAACAAUGAAUGAAAACUCUGGGAAGUUUCUCACCCUGGACCAUCAGAGAACAUUAGCAGCUCACAGAAGUCACCUGCACAUAUUUCCAGUCACUGUGCCCUCCUGUCCUCUGAAGAUGAGCACUCUGACUUCAGCUGCCAAAGAAAAUUUUUGUCAGAUUUGACCAUUAUGUAAAAUCAUACAGUAUCUUCUCUUGUUGUAUCUACUUUGACUCUACCUUUUGCUUAGAAUUUACCCAUUUUGCUAUUUGUAGCAGAGCUUCCUUUUUUUAUUGCUGUUGAGUUUUCUGCUGAAUGACCACAUGAUACAUUCAAGUGGUAUUGAUAUUUGAUGCUUGUUGACUUCCCAAAUAAUGAUCCUACAUAUUUUCAUGGUAAUAGCUUCUGGUGUAGGUAUGUAUGUAUUUGUAUCAGAUUUUUAACCCUUGUCCUUUUACUUUCACUCUCUUAAUGUUGUAAUCUUUCAGAUGUCAAAUGUAGUUCUUAAUGAAGCACAGAUUGUCAACAUUUUUUGUACCCUAAAUAAAACUUUGUACCAUAACAGCAUAAACAUAUUCUCCCAGGGUAUGUUAUACAUGUUCCUUUUCUUUUGAAUAUAAUUGUACAAUCUUUCUGGGGUUGAUAUUAUAAGGGAGUGUAUGAUGUGAAGAAAACUUACACAUUAUUGUUUUGGCAGCAAAUUGUCUCAGCAUCAUUACGGAAGAUGCU